UUCAUGGAUGUUGGAGUUGUCCCGAAGGAAAAUACAAAGUGAUGUUGUUGCGUAGUAACGCCGUCCCAAAUCCCUAAUCUUUUGGUGCUUUUCGCAAUCAAUCGCUCAUUUUUGUCACGGACAGUUCCUCCGAUAUGAACUGCGGUCUGAACGCCGCUUAUGGGCCCGUGGAUCCACCCACCCUUUACACCCACUUUGACCGGAGAUUCAUGCCCACCACGCUCAAGAUAAGACGAGGCUCCUCUGUCUGAGGUGUCAAAGAUGUCUUCCUCUCCGUGGUAUUCGGGCAUCUCGGAGCUGUUCCAGAAGCGCUUUGGCAAAUAUCUGAUCAAUCGCUAUUUGGGCACGUUCCUCGAGAACCAUGAGAUCUUCUUGGAUCAAAUGUCGGCCACCUCGGGCGCCGAGGGCAGUUCGGGCUCGUCCAUCUCGCUCCACCACGUGGCCUUGAAUACCCGCAACUUAAACGCGGCCUUAGAAAGCUCGGAAUUGCCCGUGGAGUUCGUGGACGGCUACAUCGAGGAGCUCUCGGUUCACGUGCCUUACCAACGCAUGUUGAGCGAGAACUGCUUCUUCUCCAUCGAUGGAUUGACCAUCACGUUGCAGGUUCGGCAACGGGAACAUCCCUCGCAGAUCUCGGCCUCGAUCUUCCAUUCCAUGUGCGAGAGCUUCUCGAGCUUGGAUCUGGCCGAGGAUUGCCUCAAGAAUGCCGAACCCGAUCCGGAGGUAGUGGAGUCCUUGGCGGACCAGGAUGCGGUGCCCGGGAUUAAAUUGUUGGCUCAAGCCAUCGACUCGAUCAUCAAUCGGGUCCAGUUGAAACUGACUAAUACCACGGUUCGAUUGGAGUACGUGCCUACAGUGGAGGCCCGGGGCUUGGCCCUGGAAAUCCAUAUCGGUUUGUUGAUGUAUUCGGGCAAUCCCAACCCAGCCGAAUCCGGCCAGAGUGACUCGUUUAAGAGCACGCUCAAACGACUCUUCCUGGAGAAGAUUGCCUUCUACACGGAUGAGUUCUCGUUCGAGAAGAAAUCCUCGCCAAACAAAGAGGACACUCAAACUGAGAGUGACACCCAAUCCGAAGAUGAGACUGAUCCAGCGGCCUCUUCGGACAAACCUCGAUCGCGGCAAGCCUCUCAGAGCAUUGACCACGACCCGCCUUUGAAAUUCGCCGAGAUUGUCGGUCGAAACGAAAUUGUCAUCCGAUUUGCUCAAACCACCACCCUCGGUCUCCCUCGAUCCGUCGAGGCCAUUGACGUUCAUUUGGGGUCGUUGUUGAUCCACUUGUAUCCGCAUCAGUUCCACACGUUGAUCGAGAUCCUCUCAGCCAUCACUGUCUCCAGUCGGGACGAUGAUAAGGCACCGCUCACUUCUCGGCGAGAGGUCCGAUUCACGACCGAUCUCGAGAACCUUCUCCAAGAGAACAUGAUGGAGUCCAAGAGUCAAUCCAUUGUUGGGGCCCAUUUCAUGUCCGAAAGUGGGACCAAUAGUAUGGCUAGUAGCAGUGAAUUCCAUUCCAUGACGGGCUCGAAUAGUGAAACAAAACGGACUCAUCAUCGUAGUGGACCGCACCAAGAAGUCCCUGUGCCUCGGAUUGUCAUCAAAGUGUCCAAUGUGAUCGGAGCCUUGUUGGAAAAAGACGAACUCCUCUUCCAGUUAGGUGGCGAAAUCACCAAAGCGUUGGCUUUGAGAAAGAUGCGAGCUCAAGUGUUGAAUUUCUUCAGUGCCAAUUUCUCCACGGCUACUUGGGAUCAAGAUCGAUUGGAUAUCUUGGGCUUGGAACUCACCAAGGCCUGUACUCAGUCUCAUGUGGCAUUGGUGGGAUAUCCGUUGGUGGUUCGUUAUGAAGAAGGUGUGGCGAUGACCAGUGCCUCUCGGAACAAAUUCAAUAUGUUUCUCUCGUUGGACAUCAACCGGUUAGCGAUUCAUGAGAACCUCUACCGAUGCGGAUCCUCGGAGGUCGAGUCAAUUCCAAUUAUUAAAUUCAUGCAGAAGCCCUCAAAUGCAACUAGUGCGUAUGACAUCCCGGAAUCCGACGUGCGAUUCGUAAUGAAAGAUCUCAAGGAGAAGAAAGUGAUCAAAAGGAACAUUCCUGUCCAACACAGCGUGAUCGAUCUGAAACUGAAUCCGUGCCACGUGGAUUUCGAGCCAGGCUUCUCGGAUCGAAUCUAUAUUUUGUUCAGCUAUGCCGAGUUCGAUUCGAAUUGCUUGAAAGCGCCUAGCAAUCCAACCAAAUCCUCAGCCAGUUAUCUGGAGCUAAAUUUCGCCUUGGAAAAGGUGAUCUUGGAUUUCCACGUGCCCAAAGUUGACCGUCGGAAACCGGACGAAAUCCCCAACUACGUUGAAGCCUUUUGGUCUCGGAAGAUUCAUCCGGAACUAUACCAAAUCGAAUUGGCCGAUUUGAGCCUUGUGAUCGCCACCACCGUGCCGCCCAUUCUUCAGCCUCUAGAUAUCACGAUGAGCAGUUCAAAAAUAGACAUUAGAUGCCAACCUCAUCCAGAGGAUGUGCCCAUUUCUCUAAUCCAAAUCAAGCAGUCACAAAGUGGGAAGCAGAAAAAGAUCAAUCUCUCCGAAUACGCUUGCUACAUUCACGUGUCUGUCAAUCUGGACGACAGUCAGAAACUCUUCGGCAAAUAUUCAUCCGAAGGACGGCGGAAGCCCACAGAUGCGGAAGGAUUCGAGUCAGCGGGCAGUUUCAAAGUAUCCGACACGGGCAAGGUGACCGGGGACAACGAUAGUACGAGCAAUAUCUUUCAAAAACAGAAAGAGUACAUCGAAGAGGCUUUGCUCCUCGGUCAGUCCCGACACAACAUUCUCGUAGACCUGAAACUGGAAGAUAUCAGUGUCAUAUUGCCUUCAAAACGGAUCUACGAACUCAUCUACAACCGCUUGGGCAAUGAAAUGAUCCUCUGGCAACCCGAGAUCUUCAAGGUCCAGGAGUUUCUCUUUCAUCAACCCCUGUUUGAUCCCUUGCAAAAUCCUGAUCACGGAUUUUCCACCUGCUUUUCCGGCACAAAGCCAUCCCUGGAUUGGCAGUCCAAAGACGACGGACAACGGCCUUACGUGAGCUUUCCUCGCGAUAAUUCGGCCACUUUGGAGAUUCAUAUGGACGUUUGUGUUCUCUUGUCCAUCAGUAAAGCUCAGGCUGUGAUAAUUGCUCCCAAGUCCGACAAUGGGUCGGAUCCCGACUCCAAUAUGACUCUCGUGGCCAAUGUGGACCAAUUUCAGCUGACAGCAAUCACCGGACUGGAACGAGAACCUGAGACUGUCCUAUUGGGUCUGUCAUUGGGUGAUGGGUGCAUCAAAUUCGGAUUGAUCCCCAAAAGCAUGGAACUCAAUCAGAUUCACUUCAAUUCCAGUCCCUCGCCGAAUCUAGACGUCCUUUUGAAGCGAACUGGUUUCUCAGAGAGAGCGUGGUCCGAGAGUCUAAACUCGUCUAGGAUCAUGAAACUUACCGCCAAAAUCUUGUUUGAUGCGAAGGCCAAUUUGAAGACCAUCAAUUUGGCAUUUGAUUUCAUGGAGCUGAACGCAAUCAUUCGAUCCCUCGUGGACUCGCCUGUUUGGCUGACUUGGCUCGGGGAAUUCUUCACCGUGGUCGAAUUCCCGGUGGAUGGAUACCUUCCACCCGCGAUUCUCACUGAAAUGCAAUUCGAUGUCCGCAAAUCCUCAGUCGAACUUAUCCCCAAAGUCCAUCCGGCGCGAUUGGCCUUCACUUUGGGCAAGGCUCGGGUGGCAUGUAAUCUCCUAGAUACCGGGCACGAUGUGAACAUUGGCAUCAAUCUAGAGGAUGUGUGCCUUUUCUUGGCGAGAGACUCGGUGGACCCGAUUGCCAAUUCGGUUUGCAUCACUGAUCUAGACUACUUGGACCUAGAGAUCCAUCUCCGUGAGGAGGAGAGCAUCAAUGAAACCGGCGGUGUUGUCCUCACGCCAUAUCUGGAUGUGUCGGCAGCUUGCAAUCUGAUUCGAAUCCGAACCUGCUCGGAUACCAUCUUGAUCCUGACCGAAAUGUUCAGCCGGCUUUUGAAUGAGGGUCCAAUUCCGAAGAAGUUUGAUCCUCAGGAAAAUCCAAGCUUUAGACAAGGAGGUGAAGCAACGCUCAUAAAGUUCGAAGUGGCUGAAAAUGUGGUGCCGGAUAUCGAGGAGGCCAUGCAAGAGCUCCAAGCCACCGAAAGAGAACUAAAGGCCAAGGAACAGGAGGAGAAUAAUCGGUGGAAGGCUCAGGAAAUGGGGGGUGCUCAAUUGUUCUUCUUUCCCAAUGAAGGUCAAAUACCUAAGGCCUCAUCAUCAUCCUCUCAAUCCACGCCCAAAUUUCAGGUGAAGUACAACAAGAAUGAAGAGGUCACCUUACCAGAGACUCUGGGAAUGAGUGAAUCUUUUUACCAAUCGCCUUCGUCCGCUCACAAUCUGAGUUUCAAUGAAUCAUCCGAGGAGUUCUGCGUACUGGACCACGAAGUUGGCAUUGGAAUCAUGCCAAAGAAUGGCGAACCCGCGGCUCGAAAUUUGGAUAACGAUGGUGUUGUGGUUCGAGAGAAUUAUUUUGCCAUCCCUCAAAAGACUGUGGAUUACUUGAAGACCCCCAAAGGUUUCCCCAAGUUCAAAUCCAGGUUCACAGUCAAAAAAUUGUCUUUGGUCUGGCAGAUCUUUGGCGGGCACGACUUCAGCGCGGACAAGGGGCUCCUCGUGGACACCAAAAGCAAAGUAGUCAAAGAUCCUGAGGCAACUACAACGGAAACCAAAUCCGGACCGAAGAGAAGUAGUAGCUCUCGAUCAUCUGGUUCCGCCAAUCCUGCUCGUCAACACGAGGAACAUCUCAAACUUAGGGGUGGUCCUGGUCGAGACUCGGACAAGUGCUUGGAAUUGGCCAUUUUGAGGAUUCAAUUCGUGCACGAGAUGUACCCUGAACAUUGCCGAGAAGUGUCUCGCCAAGUGUUGGUGAUCCCCAUCCUGGAAAUCCGGGAUCGAAUGGCUGCCUCGGAUAUCAACAAACUCCUCCAUCUGUAUUCAUCACGUUCCAGACCAAGACAAACGAGCUCGAAUAUGAUGAGUAUUCGAUGCGUUCAUAUUCGACCCAGUGUAGAUGAUCCGACGAUUGAAUCCAACAUCAACUUGUUUGUCCAGCCCAUCCGUCUCAAUAUCGACCAGGAUACUCUAUUCUUUCUCAUUGAUUUUUUCACUACCCUCGCCAAAGAGCAAAAGGUGACACCUCAUCCUAAUGAAAGCACUGUAGUUCAGUAUAAUGCCGGCGUGGAAGCCUUCGAGGUUCGAGAAAUGGCUCAAGAGGUGUUUGAAGAUGCAAACAGUACGGCUGAAUCAACCCCGGAUCGACAACUUUCGGAUUGUGAGGAACAUAUUCCGGCGGGAACGCCCUUAGAAGCCCCACCCCGACCUGCACGAAAUCGGAUGGAGCAGAAAGAUAUCUUUAUUCGCUCCUUUGUCUUUGCACCGGAUCUUCCUAUUCGCGUAGAUUACUCGGCCAAAUACCUUGAUCUAACCCAAGGGGCCCUCACCGGAUUGUUGAGUGGCUUAGCGAGUCUGAAUAACUCGGAAUUGAGCUUGAAAGGCGUAUCCUAUCAAAGUGGAAUCUCAGGAUUGGAAAAGCUCCUCACUCUGUUAAUCUCCGAUUGGUUGGCCGAUAUCAAACACAACCAGAUCCCCAGACUCCUUGGCGGAGUUGGUCCCAUGCACUCCAUUAUUCAAUUGGGACAAGGGAUUCUCGACCUGAUAUUCAUGCCCAUCGAGCAAUACCAGAAAGAUGGCCGAAUUCUUCGAGGCCUCCAAAAGGGUGCCAAUAGCUUCACCUCGCUCACGGCUAUGUCUGUCCUUGAUAUGACGAACAAGCUCUUGGGUUUGAUCAAAUUCGCUGCCGAGAUGGCAUUUGACAUCAUGUCCCCCGAAGGAUCGGUGAUUCAGGGCAAGAUUUCCCACCCAGGAUUCCCGAGGCGAAAUGUCGCUCACUUGUCUAGACCCGCAGAUUUUCGAGAGGGCAUGAUCAAUGCCUUGACCGUUGUGCGGGAAGGGUUUGAUGAAACCGCCCGUGCCUUGAGUGAAGUGGCCAUAAGCGAACAUCGCCGACGCGGUUUGGGUGGAGCUGUGGGCGGAGUGUUGCGGCAAAUGCCUUCGACGAUCAUGAGACCCGUUAUUAUGGCCACUGCGGCCACUUCUAAUGUCUUGGAAGGUGUCCAGAGUCAAGUGGCCCCGGAUAUCCGUCGAGAGGAGGAGGAGAAAUGGCGGAAAGUGGAUCCCAACAAGUGAAGAAAGAAUAUAGAUUGUUAUGAAAGAAGUAUCGUCGUCCAUGGUCUCCGAUUUUUUAAAUCUUGUGCUACUCCGAAUAUUUUAUACAUCCAGUUUUCUACACGUAGAAAGUCCUAUUAUGCUCGGCUAAAAUAGAACAAAACUAAUAUCAAAAUGAAA